GAUGCCGGUGGUGCACGCCACGCCGGUCGCCCGCCGAAACUACGUUACGAACAUCGCGCCGAUACUUCUUUCACAACUAAUAAAUCAGAGAACGAAGUAACCCCACGGACAGAUUAUAACUUGAUAUGAGAUAACAAGCGCGCGGCGCGAUUGCGGUGAUUAAUCACUGAAGUCCGUUCAACUCGAAUGAUGCGAACGGAAGCGUAAUCUCUUAGUUUCGGUUUAGGAGCGCGUAAUGUAAACAGAUAAACAUUGUUAAAGUUUUCCGGAAUAGUUUGUUGACUCGAGGUUUACAAUCGGGUGCAUCAGAUGGACGAUUGUUAGCGGAUAAUGAGGUUCGGGUGUAUGGUUGACGUAUAGUUGUUGUGUCGGAUGUGUGGAAGAUAGGACGACCUGAAGAUGGCAGGCGUGCAGUGGACAGCGGGGGUGUUGUGGUGUAUGCUGGUCGGUGUGUUGGCGGACUCGUGGACGGCGUACCAGGAACAGCCGUGUUGCCGGCCGGUGUCUCACCACCGGGUCAGACACCACAGAGAUCACAUACGAGAAUUUUCCUGUGGCAGUCUAUUUUACCGCACGCUUUAUUUAAAUGAGGAGGGCAAUACGCUUUAUGUUGGUGCUAUGGAUCGAGUAUUUAAAUUAAAUAUGACAGACAUUAGUCAAUCACAUUGCGAGCGUGAUGCAUUAUUACUUGAAGCAAGUAAUGUAGCGCAAUGUGUAAGUAAGGGCAAGUCGGAGCCCUUCGAAUGUAGGAAUCACAUCAGGGUGCUGCAACCUUUGGGCGAUGGAGAGAGGUUGUACGUGUGUGGGACUAAUGCCCAUAACCCUAAGGACUGGGUGGUCUAUUUGAACCUGACACAUCUACCUCGACACGAGUACGUGCCGGGCGUGGGUCACGGGGUGGCUAAAUGUCCAUAUGACCCGGCGGAUAAUAGUACGGCUGUGUGGGUCACGAAGGGCAAUCCUGGAGGCCUGCCCGCACUAUACGCAGGCACCAACGCAGAAUUCACUAAAGCAGAUCCAGUCAUUUUCCGAAAUGAUCUGUUCGACUUGCGAACGGGCCAGAAGAAGUUCAACUUCAAGAGAACCUUGAAAUACGACUCGAAGUGGCUAGACAAAACUAACUUUGUCGGUUCCUUUGACGUCGGCGAGUACGUCUUAUUUUUCUUUCGGGAAACGGCUGUGGAGUUCAUGAACUGUGGCAAAGCGGUCUACUCGCGCGUGGCCAGGGUUUGUAAGCACGACACGGGCGGCAAACAUAUACUAAGCCAGAAUUGGGCGACAUACCUAAAAGCCAGAUUGAACUGCAGUAUACCUGGCGAAUUCCCCUUCUAUUUUGAUGAAAUUCAAAGCGUGUACCAGAUGCCUGACGACCCUAGCCGCUUCUACGCGGCAUUUACGACGGGGGCCAGCGACGGGCUCGUCGGCUCUGCUAUUUGUACCUACACUAUGGAAGACAUACAAGAAGCUUUCAAUGGGCGCUUUAAGGAGCAGGCUACUUCCAACUCUGCCUGGCUGCCGGUCCUCCGCGCCAGGGUGCCCGAGCCGCGCCCCGGGUCCUGUGUCAACAACACCGAGGCGUUGCCAGACAACGUACUUAAUUUCAUAAGGUCACAUCCUUUAAUGGACUCGGCAGUGCGGCACGAAGGGGAUGCCCCGGCAUUCUACAAGCGUGACCUAGUCCUUACGACACUGGUAGUGGACCGCCAGUUCGUGGACAUGUUGACUGAUGACAUCACCUAUACUAUAUUUUAUGCAGGCACCAGUGCCGGCGAAGUGUACAAAAUAGUGCAAUGGGCUGGCGGGGGCUCUCGUGUGGCGGACGUGUGGCGGGCAGCAGGGUCUGAACCAGUGCGGGCACUUGCCAUCUCCAGGAGGACACACGCGCUAUACUUAGCUACGGACAACCGACUGAGACAGUUGCCAUUACGUGCCUGCUCGCAUCGGUACGACAGCUGUCUACGAUGCGUGUUAGACCCAUAUUGUGGGUGGGACAAAGAGGUUGGGGCUUGUCGCCCUUACACUCCUGGUCUUCUCCACGACGCCACGAAUUCUACUCCAUCAAUAUGCGAGGCCAGCGCGCCCUUGCGAACAGUUCGAGCCGGCUAUGGCCAAAGUGUCCAUUUGGCUGCUUUCGCGAAAACCCCAGAGGCACUAAAAGACCAGCUCGUUGUCUGGUACCAUCAUUCCAGGGAGAAAGGAAGAUAUAAAAUUAAUUUUAAUUGGGAGCGAGUACUACAGAGUUCAGAACGUGGGCUAGUCCUAUUGUCGGUGUCCGACUCCGACCGGGGCCUCUACGAGUGCUACUACGGACCGACACUCACAGCCUCCUACAACCUGGACAUCGAUGUACACAGGUGCACCCAACCAAGCAAGACGCAGGAGUACAAGCAAGUGUACUCGGACUGGUGCCACGAGUUCGAGAAAUACAAGAGCGCUAUGAAAGCCUGGGAGUCUCGGCAAAUGCAAUGCUCCAAAAACCUAAACGCAUCAAGCCAGCAAAACAGCAUGGCGAACGAGAUAGUGGCCUCACUGCGGUGAUAGGGCACAGCUUGGUGAUUAAUGAACGAUUACGCACACCAAGCAUCGCUGACGUAAACUAUCCGAUAUUCCGCCGACAAUGCCCGCCGCCCGAUGUCCCGGCCCCAACUACGGAAAGUCUCAUACUGCGCUGUUUCAGUUUUUAUUUCAGUUUCUCUUUCAGUUUAGGAACCGACGUGGUUCAGAAAAAGCGCGCCCAAAUAUUUGUAAUCGAAUGCUUAAAAUUUAAUUUGAAUGUGUAUCUCCUGCAAUGCAAAAGAAUGGCUGACAGAAUAAUGGCUAAUUAUGUAAUUACUCGUACAAAACCAAUCAUUCCAUUAAAAAUGUUAAUAUUUGAUUGAUUAAGAUAAUUGAGGACAGUUUAGCAGUUUCUGACAAAUGACUACCUAAAACUCAACUUGUUAUAUUAUUGUUAUUGCUGCAGAAUUUCUUGAUAGUACAAGAAUGUUAAAUACAUAUUUAUUUCAACAAGUAAAUUGUGGACACAAACUUGUGAAAUUUACGCAAUGUCGUGGUUUUUUGUUCUUGUACUGCAAACAAGCGGUAAUGAAAAAGUUUCUAGUGAAUAAGCUUUCGACUGUCAAUAGUAGGAGUGAAAGGGGAAUGAUAAUGUAGUGAGGGGAUGAUCUGUUAAAAUAGAUUUGUUGCGCGCCAGAGACUGCUCGCUUGAUGGAUGACUGACUUCUGCUCAACUUUGCCCACAAGAUGUUUUUUUCUCUGGAAAAGGGAGGAUGGGCUUAGUGUUGUUGGAAUAAAAUAAACUAUUACAUAUUGAAAACUGUUGAUUGAUGCGACUGAGUAACAAUUUAUUUACCUAGCGUAAAUUUUCUUCGCCUCGGAACUAGCUGGUAAAAAUUGUAGUCUGGGUCUGAAAAAAAAACAUUUGUUUUCAAUACACAUGGUGUUGAAAAAAAAUGGUUGCGUAAUGUUAGAACGAUAAGGUUCCAUCAACACAAAAUGCUGUGAUAUCAGUUCUCUCUGGAGUAAAUUUGAUCUGUCAAAAAGUAGUAGUCAAAUAUAAUCUUAUUGUUUUUAGAAUCCUAAAUCUUAAACGAUAGAACUGGUCAUUAUUUAUUAGGAAAUAUGCAAUUCUAUUAAACAGUUUAGCAAUGAAAACAUUUUAUUUCAUAAUUUACAAUACAAUACAUUAUGUCAAUGUUAUUUCAGUUCUGUAACAUUAAGACGUUCGCAAAAACAAAAUUAAUUAAUGAGCAAUAUGAACGCCAAUUUAGAUGUAAGCUAAUUGUAUGAUGAUGGCUUAAAAUGUAUGGGGAAAGCGUACAGAUUUUUAGUGUUAUUUUUUGUGUAAUUUGUUGGUAUGGCGACUAAGCAUGUUGCGUGUUAGACCACUGUUCCACGAUGUGUAGGAGUUUCUGUUUGUUUGCUUUACGAAGUUAUUGUUAUCAAUUUGUUGCCAUAAAAUGUAAUUUUAGGCCCGAUUUCGGAUAACAAACCGAAUUUAUAUAUAAUAGCAGUUACGUUAUCAUCUUCAUUGAUUUAUAACAUUCUCGCUAGAAUAGUGCCUUGUGAAGCAAGCUUACGGUGUAAUGAAACUUAUUUAAAUUAUUAUUAACUAGAUAAUAAAUAUUUUUGUGUACAUGUAAAGAAGUUGGGUAGAUUCUAGUAUAAUUCAUUGUAGCAACUCAUUCGUAAAGCAAUAAUGUUCCACUGAUAUAAGAGUCGCCAGUAUUAAAUUAACUAUUACAGAAGUAGGUAGCGUAUUUAUGAUAACAGUUUAGUUAUAAAUAAGGAAUGUAAUUACUUAUACUUUUUUAUUUCAUUGUACCAUGCUUUAAUAAUAGAUUUGGUUAUACCGUUUUACUUGGUAAGUACAUUUAAGAAUGCAUUUUGGAAUUGAAACAUGGUACAAAGGAAAAUAAGUCCAACUUAUAUAGAAUUCAGUAUUCCUUGCAUUUAACGAAGUUUGCAGUAAAAAAAUAGAUUUGUUGAUUCCAAGUCCAAGUCGCAUAUAAUGUAAUAAAAGAUGUUAUUGUAAAAAUAAUGUAAAUAAACCUAUGAAUUUUUGGUAGACAGAUUGCUAUUAUAUGUUUAUUGUUAAAAAUAUAACUAAGCUAUAUUAUAAGCAAUUGUUUUAUAAAAGGAACACAAAA